GCCGCGCAUCAUCAUCGUCGUUGUCAUCGUGGUCAUCAUCAUCGUCAUAGUACAGACAACAACCUGACGGAUAUGAAAGCCUCGGCCACCGAGCAAGCAAGCAACCACCUUGGAAGCAACACCCACCCUGACCCUGGUGCUCACUUCUUCAAACUUGGAAACAGAUCGCCUGGCCUGGCCUCCAGACAAGAACAACACAUUUCUUUUCCGGUUCCGGUUCCUCCCCACCAUCUAAAAUCCUCGCCCAAACAAGGAAAAACCAUACUGCUAAACAAUGUCAUGCCGUCACUUAAUUUGCUGCCUUCUUUUUCUGUGCCAGAGUAAUCAGCUGCCUUGUUUGGCAUGCCAUUGUUUACAAGUGGUUUAAUCCUGCACUCUUAUCCCAUCCGAUUUGCCAAACGUGCACGGUCUUCUUCGUGCUAAAUACGGGAUAUAUGUUGAUGGCAAGGUCAAGCAGAUCUAGUAUAUAUACCAGGUAGUAUGACAGUGCACCUGCAACCACCCCUCACCUCUUCCCCAACAACUCCAGCUCCAUAUCUCUAUCUCUCCAGCCAUUAAUUGAUUGUUCGAUUGGUUUGUUGGCAUUAUCCAUUUCUGUUCCUCUUCUCCUCUUUUUCUAUAGCUUUCAGAUGGGGGGCGCCUUUACGGCGGCGGCGGCACUGGUUCUUCUACUCAUGGCUGGCCUCUUGGGUGCUGCAACUGCCAGUGUAGGCGACAAGUGCUCGUCGAGUGCGGGCUGCGGUGCUGGGCAGUGGUGCUUCGACUGCGAGCCGGAGCUCGCCGGCUCCCACUGCGUCCGCUCCGUCGCCUCCGACCCCUUCCAACUCGUUAAUAACUCGCUGCCAUUCAACAAGUAUGCCUAUCUCACGACGCACAAUGCAUUCGCCAUUGUUGGGGAACCGUCGCACACCGGAAUUCCGCGCAUCACCUUCGACAACCAGGAGGAUACAGUCACCGAUCAGUUAAAUAAUGGUGUACGCGCGCUGAUGCUCGACACAUAUGACUUCAAAGGAGAUGUAUGGUUGUGUCAUUCCAGUGGAGGCAAAUGCAACGAUUUUACUGCAUUUGAACCAGCACUGGACACUUUUAAGGAAAUUGAGGCAUUUCUUUCUGCCAACCCAUCUGAAAUCGUUACGUUGAUCCUGGAAGAUUAUGUUAACGCGCCAAAUGGCCUGACGAACGUGUUCAAUGCAUCUGGCCUGCAAAAGUACUGGUUUCCGGUGUCGAAAAUGCCGCAGAAUGGUCAGGACUGGCCUCUUGUCAGUGAUAUGGUCACAAGCAACCAGCGCCUCCUUGUGUUCACCUCUGCCAGAUCGAAGCAAGCCACAGAAGGAAUCGCAUACCAGUGGAAUUUCAUGGUUGAGAACAAUUAUGGCGACGACGGAAUGGAUGCUGGGGAAUGCUCGAACCGCGCGGAGUCCGCGCCGCUCAACGACAAGACCAAGUCACUGGUCCUCAUGAACUACUUCCCGUCUGUCCCUGUGAAGCUGACUGCAUGUUUGCAGCACUCCAAGGGCCUCACUGACAUGGCUAGUACAUGCUACAGCGCAGCCGGAAACCGAUGGGCUAAUUUCGUCGCGGUCGACUACUACAAGAGAAGCGAGGGAGGGGGCGCGUUCCAGGCCACCGAUCUGCUCAACGGCAUGCUCCUGUGCGGAUGCCAGGACGUCAAGGCUUGCCAGCAAGGAUCUAGUGUAGUGUGCUCUACCUGAAUCCUGAAAAACUAGGACAUGUAGCAACUGCACAUACAUAGAACAAGCGGAGAACUGGAGAUGGAUGGUGUGAUGAUUCAUGAGACAAGGCAUACCCUUUUCUUUCUUUCUGGAUAGAAGAGACAUAUACUUAGCAUCCAGAUUUCCCGAAACGGAAAGUUGAAAAACGACGGGUUUCCGCAAUGGAAAAAUGGUGAAGAUGUUGGUUGGAUAGUGCAUUGCAACUGUGAACGUGAUUCGUCAGCAUUGUAGCUCUAGCUCUGCCUGGUGGAAUGUUUGGCAUGGAUUGGUUACGCAUCAAAUGGUGUUGCUAUAUGUGAACUAAUUAUUAACGGUUUAUUAUUAUGGCUAUUUUUGCUAGUAUACAAUUACUGUGGCCCAUAAAUUUACUGACAAUAUUGAUUACACAUCAAA